AUGAUGAGGCAUCUAACAGGUCGUUAUCCACAAUCUGUAGCUGUUGGUGAUUUGAACGGCGACAAACGAUUAGAUAUCGUUGUCGCCAAUAGUGAUAGCAACAGUGUGAGCGUCCUUCUUGGAUAUGGUGAUGGUUCUUUUGCGAAUCAAACCAGCUAUCAAACUGGCAAUAGACCACGAUGUGUUGCUAUUGGUGAUUUCAACAACGAUAAUCGACUGGAUAUAGUUGUCGCCAAUACUGAUAGCGAUAGUGUGAGUAUCCUUCUUGGAUAUGGUGAUGGCUCUCUAACAGAUCAAAGCAUGUAUUCAACAGGCCGUUUUCCACAAUCUGUAGCUGUUGAAGAUGUCAAUAACGACACCCGACUGGAUAUUAUUGUCGCGAAUUAUGCUACUCAUAAUGUGAGCGUUCUUCUUGGAUAUGGUAAUGGUCUUUUCGCAAAUCAAAUCCAAUACUCAACUGGCAAUAUUCUACGAUCUGCAGCUAUUGGUGAUUUCAAUAACGACAAGCGACUAGAUAUCGUUGUCGCAAAUGUUUUAGACAAUAGUGUGAGUAUAAUGCUUCAACAUAACAGAGGAUUUCUGAAAAACGAAAUGACCUACGCAUCUGGCGUGGCUUCUGGACUACGAUAUGUUGUGGUUGAUGACAUAAACAACGACACUCAACUUGAUAUCAUUGUUGCUAAUUUCGGCACUAAUAAUGUUGGUAUCCUUUUUGGAUACGGAAAUGGUACUUUUCUUAGCCAAAUGAUACUCAAUACUGGCUCAAAUUCUCACCCGUCGUCGGUUGCCAUUGGUGAUUUUAAUGGUGAUACUCAACGAGAUAUCGCUGUUGCCAACUACGGUACUAAGAAUACAAGUAUUUUGCUUGGAAAUGGAAACGGAGCGUUUACAAGUCAAACAAGUAAUGGAAUUCCCUUUGAUUUUGCUCCGAUUGCUAUUGUUGCUGCUGAUUUCAAUAAUGAUAGACGAUCGGAAAUUGUUGUAGCAUAUGGUGACAGUGAAAAUGUGGAUAUCUUUGUUGCUUUCAACUUUGUUUCUUUUACAAAUCGAAUUAUGUAUGCAACAGACAAAGGGNGUUAG